GCGGUUAGAUGGGUCGCUGUUACAGUCGCGUGUGUUAUUGCGUUAGAUUGUUCAUAUUUCAGUAAUAAUUUAAGGUAUUUUCAGUAAGUGGUUUAUUGGUUUUAGCAGCGAAGGCGUAUCUGUUUGCAUUGUAUUUAUUUCUUUGUCACAGAACGUUUCUUUACUUCUACUUCGCUAGAGAGAAACAUUUAAAAUGGCUGGAUCUGAGGCACCCCUCAAGAGUUUGUUUGAGAACAAGGCUCUCAGUAAACCAAGGAAGGAUGAGAAGCGUAUGUCUGUGGAGCGGAUCUACCAGAAGAAGACCCAGCUGGAGCACAUCCUGCUCCGGCCUGACACCUACAUCGGCUCUGUGGAGCCGGUCACUCAGCAAAUGUGGGUGUUUGAUGAUGAUGAUGUUGGGAUGAACUGCAGAGACGUCACAUUUGUGCCAGGACUCUAUAAGAUCUUUGAUGAGAUUCUGGUGAACGCUGCUGAUAACAAACAGAGAGACAAGACCAUGAACUGCAUCAAGGUCAACAUCGACCCAGAGAACAACACCAUCAGCGUGUGGAACAACGGGAAGGGUAUUCCUGUGGUCGAGCACAAAGUGGAAAAGGUGUAUGUGCCCGCUCUGAUCUUUGGCCAACUCCUGACCUCCAGUAACUAUGACGAUGAACAGAAGAAGGUCACCGGUGGUCGUAAUGGAUACGGUGCGAAGCUUUGUAACAUCUUCAGCACCAAGUUCACCGUCGAGACGGCCUGUCGAGAGUCUAAAAACUGUUUUAAACAGUCGUGGUUUAAUAACAUGGGCCGAGCGGGCGAGUGUAAGAUCAAACCCUUCAAUGGAGAAGACUACACCUGCAUCACGUUUCAGCCAGACCUGGCUAAGUUUAAAAUGCAGGCUUUAGAUAAGGACACGGUGGCGCUGUUGACCCGGCGCGCGUAUGACAUCGCUGGCUCCUCCAAGGGCGUUAAAGUCUUUCUUAAUGGGAAAAAGCUGCCGGUGACUGGUUUCCGCAGCUAUGUGGAUCUGUAUCUGAAGGAUAAGGUGGAUGAGAUGGGUUCGGCUCUGACAAUAGUACAUGAGAAUGCGAAUGAGCGUUGGGAGGUGUGUCUUACGCUCAGUGAUAAAGGAUUCCAGCAAGUCAGUUUUGUCAACAGCAUCGCCACGACCAAGGGUGGCAGACACGUAGAUUAUGUUGCAGACCAGAUUGUGUCCAAGCUAAUAGAGGUGGUGAAGAAAAAGAAUAAAGCUGGAGUGACAGUCAAACCUUUCCAGGUGAAGAAUCACAUGUGGUUGUUUGUGAACUGUCUGAUCGAGAAUCCCAGCUUUGACUCUCAAACCAAAGAGAACAUGACCCUACAGCAGAAGAGCUUCGGCUCCGCCUGCUCCCUGAGUGAAAAGUUUGUUAAACAGGCAAAUAACUGUGGAAUUGUAGAGAGCAUUAUGAACUGGGUGAAGUUUAAAGCUCAGACUCAGCUCAAUAAGAAGUGCUCUGCCGUCAAGCACACGAAGAUUAAGGGCGUGCCAAAACUGGAUGAUGCCAACGACGCUGGUGGGAAGAAUUCUUCCAGCUGCACUCUGAUCCUUACGGAAGGAGACUCGGCCAAAACUCUGGCCGUGUCCGGUUUGGGUGUGGUGGGACGAGACCGCUACGGGAUCUUUCCUCUGAGGGGUAAAAUGCUCAACGUGCGGGAGGCGUCACACAAACAGAUUAUGGAGAAUGCUGAGAUCAACAACAUCAUAAAAAUCCUCGGUCUGCAGUACAGGAAGAACUACAGCGAUCCGGAGUCCCUCAAGACUUUGCGCUAUGGCAAACUGAUGAUCAUGACAGAUCAGGAUCAGGACGGAUCUCACAUUAAAGGUCUUCUGAUCAACUUCAUCCAUCAUAACUGGCCCUCCCUGCUGCAUCACAACUUCCUGGAGGAGUUCAUCACCCCCAUCAUUAAGGCGUCCAAUAAGAAGCAGGAACUUUCCUUCUACAGUAUCCCGGAGUUCACAGAGUGGAAGGAGAAACAGAGUAGCAUCAAAUCCUGGAAGAUCAAAUACUACAAAGGUUUGGGCACCAGCACAUCGAAGGAGGCCAAAGAGUAUUUUUUGGAUAUGGCGAGACAUCGCAUCCCCUUUAAGUACUCCGGGCCUGCCGACGAUGAAGCUAUCACCCUGGCCUUUAGUAAGAAGAAGGUGGAGGAGAGGAAGGAAUGGCUGACCAGCUUUAUGAUCAACAGACGACAGCGCAGAGAACACAACCUGCCCGAGGAGUAUCUGUAUGGACAGAAGACCACCUCACUCACCUACCACGAUUUCAUCAAUAAGGAACUUGUGCAGUUCUCCAACUCCGACAACGAGAGGUCCAUCCCGUGCCUGGUGGAUGGACUGAAGCCGGGUCAGAGGAAGGUCAUGUUCUGCUGUUUUAAGAGGAACGAUAAGAGAGACGUGAAGGUGGCCCAGUUGGCUGGAUCAGUUGCUGAGAUGUCGGCGUACCAUCACGGCGAGACCUCUCUGAUGAUGACCAUCAUAGGUCUCGCUCAGAACUUCGUGGGGAGUAAUAAUCUGAACUUGCUUCAACCUCUGGGUCAGUUUGGCACACGUCUGCACGGAGGCAAAGACUCGGCCAGCCCCAGAUACAUCUUCACCAUGCUCAGUUCACUGGCUCGCCUGCUGUUCCCUUCGGUGGAUGAUAACCUGCUCAAGUAUAACUACGACGAUAAUCUGCGAGUGGAGCCUGAGUGGUACAUUCCCAUCGUCCCUGUGGUGCUGGCCAACGGAGCCGACGGCAUCGGCACAGGAUGGGCGAGUCGCCUCCCCAACUUUGACCUCCGUGAGAUCAUCAACAAUAUCCACCGCCUGCUCAACGGAGAAGAGCCUCUUCCCAUGCUGCCCAGUUAUAAGGGCUUCAAAGGCACCAUUGAAGAACUGAUGAAGAAUCAGUACGUGAAUAACGGCGAGGUGGCCAUCAUCGACUCGACCACCAUUGAGAUUACCGAGCUGCCUGUCAAAACCUGGACUCAGACCUAUAAAGAGAACGUGCUGGAGGUGAUGCUGAACGGCUCGGAGAAGGUUCCCGCUCUGAUCACCGACUAUAAAGAGUAUCACACGGACACCACUGUGCGUUUCGUCAUCAAGAUGACUGAGGAGCGGCUGAGAGAGGCUGAAGCCUCCGGACUGCACAAAGUAUUUAAGCUCCAGAAUCUUCUCACCUGUAACUCCAUGGUGUUGUUUGAUCACGUGGGGAGUUUGAAGAAGUACGAGUCCGUUCAGGACAUCCUGAAGGAUUUCUUUGAGCUCAGGAUGAAGUAUUACGUCCUCAGGAAGGACUGGCUGCUGGGAAUGCUGGGAGCCGAGAGCGCUAAACUCUCCAACCAGGCCCGAUUUAUUCUGGAGAAGAUUCAGGGAAAGCUGGUCAUUGAAAAUAAACCCAAGAAGGAGCUCAUCCGUAUGCUGCAGCAGAUGGGCUACGACUCGGACCCUGUUAAAGCCUGGAAACAAGCGCAGGAGAAGGAUGCCGAGGAGGAUGCCGGGGAGGACGAUGAGGAGAAAGAGGACACGUCUGGUCCUGAUUAUAACUAUCUGCUCAGCAUGCCCAUGUGGUUCCUGACCAAAGAGAAGAAAGACGAGCUGUGCAAACAGAGGGAUGAUAAGCUGACGGAGUUGAAUACGCUGAAGAGAAAGGAGCCUGCUGAUCUUUGGAGGGUGGAUCUGGCAGCCUUCACUGAGGAGCUGGAGCGUUUGGAACACAAGGAGAUGGAGUCUCAGAACACGGUAACUCAGGUGAAGGGGAAGGUAGGCAAAUCAAAGGUGGUGAAGAUGAAGAACGAGACGAUGCCCACCCCACAAGGCCGCCGCGUCAUCCCCCGUAUCACCAGCACCAUGAAGGACCAAGCGGUGAAGAAAGAGGGAGCCAAGCGAGGGAAAGCUGCGAAGAAGGGGGAUGUGGUGAUGAAGAUGGAGUUUGAUGAGGAGGCAGACGCAGCAGCUGAUGGCUCCGAGAUGGGACUGACCGCAAGACUCGCCAAGAAAAUCAAGAAAGAGCCUGUGAAAGACAAGAGCUCAAAGUCGGGCAAGCAGACCACCCUCAACUUUAAACCGAUGCAGACGAAGAACCCCUGGUCAGAUGAUGAUGAUGUGGGGUCGGACUCUGACAUGGAUGUCAUCAGUGAAGAAGUGGCUCCUCGAGAGAAGAGAGAACGUAAAGUUGCGGCUGAAAAGAAGUACAGUCUGUCGAGCAGUGAGGAUGAGUUUGAUGACCGGAUGAAGAGCAGUAAACAGAAGCCUGUCAUUGAGGAUGAUGAUGAUGAUGAUGACUCCUUCAAUCCAGAGCCCAGCGCUCAAGCGGACAGUGACAUGGACUCUCCUCCACGCCCACCCACGAAAAAACCAUCAGUAAAGACCAGCAAGCCAAAGACGGAGAAACCAGAACCUCUCAGCAAAGCCAGCUCUCAAUCUGAUGUCAGCGACGAGCCGGUCACUAAACCUCCACCGAGGGCCGUAGAGAAGAAGGUGAAGAAAGCAGCAGGAGCCACCAAGAAACCUGCCGCAAAGAAGACAAGUGCUGCUCCGAAGAAGAAAGCAGCAGACUCCAAACAGCCCUCGAUCCUGGAUCCUCUUUCCAAGGCGAGUCCCAAAAAAGCAAAAGCCGUACGGAAGCCUACGGCUUUAAAAAUAACCUCCAGUGACUCGGACAGUGUCCCCACUGCUGUCGUUCAGAAGAAACCUGCUCAGAAGAGGAAGACCGCUCUGAGCAGCGACCAAUCAGAUAGCGACUCGGACAGCGGCAAUCUCAUGGCCCGCCUCAAGGGCAAGAGCACUGCUGGAAAGAAAGUAAAGAGCUGGGAGGAUGAUGACGGCUUUCAACUGGACGAGAAGGUUGUGACAUCAUCUGCUGCUCCACGGAGCCGAGCUGCACGUACCACCAAACCUGUGACCUACACAAUGAGUUCAGACUCCGAUGAGGACUUUUGAGCUCUUAAAUGUUCUCCAUGUUCAGUUGUUGUUCACAAGCGUUUCUGUAUGCACGAUACUCAAAAGUCAAAGUUAUAAUAGCGGUUGGUUUCAUAUUUUCAAAAAAGAACAAUUUUUAGUAGAAUCUGAUCUGUCAGGUUUAGGCACUGUCUUAUGGACAUGGCCUGUUUUAUAAUUUUUUUAAAGAAACUAUUGACUAGAAUUUGCCACUUGACUUUUUCUUAACUUGAUAACAGUUGCAUAUUGGCAGAUGUUUAUUGCACUGUUUCAAUUUAUACGUGGUGUUUGUCUUGUAAAUAUUUUCUAUGUUUUUUCAAAGUUUCUAAUUAAUAAAUCUACAA